GAACGCUUUGAUGGGAUAUCUUUGAAAACAAUCGAUUUUUAUUUACUAAACAAAUUUGUACCAAAACCUGAUUUCAGUACAUUUAAUUUCAUUGCGAUAGUAAUUUCGCGGUUUGAUUACUUUGUGCGUCAGAUAAAGUCACUGGUUUGCGGUACUGUGUUUUCUGUAUUCCCGUUCGUGUUGAAACUUCAAUCUGUCGCAGUGGCAAACCACAAAUACUCGACCCGUUAGACUUUCCGCUAACGAUUUCCAUUGCGUAUGUCGUGUUUUUUCAACAUCGUUGAUCGGAAUAGAACGGUUUCCAGGUCAGGACAACUUUGCCGAUGGAACUGAUCGCGCUGCAUAAUGGCCUAACUGCUACCGUUCUGGAUCUGGACUUUUGUCGGCUUUGUCUUGGCCGUGAUGGAACCGAACUGAUCAGUGUGUUCAAUGAAAGUAUCAACGAAGCCGGCAAAGAACCGCUUAAUGUUAAAAUUUUUCGAUUCUUCGAAGUACAGAUUAAUGAGAAUGACAUUCUUCCAACUCGUAUUUGUCAGCUUUGUCUGCUUCAAACAGAAAGUUGUUCCGAUUUUCGAGAUAAUUGUAUACGAAACGAGAAGAAACUGCAAGAGUUGAUUGCCGUGCAUGAUCCUGAUGAAGUCGAAACAAAGGUAGAACUUCAGCCAGAAGUGACGAAUUUGAAGCGGGAAGAAGUUGUACUGGAGUACGAUGGAGAGAUCGAGGAGGAGGAGGAAGACGCCGCAGAAACGAUUGUUGUCGAUCCGACAAAGGAUUACGAAAGCUCGAACCAAAGUUUGCAAGAGUUCACCGACGAAGAUGAAAAUACAGACGUUCCGCCGGUAGAAGAUACGGCUGACGAAAGUGUCAAGGUGGCCAACAUGAACGAUUCGUCGGAAGAUCUGUUGGAGGACAGCAAACUUAAGAAACUGGUUCACAUGUGCAAGUACUGUGAUGUGGCAUUUGCCAUGUCUAACGCUUGUUACGUUCACGAAACGCAGGAUCAUGAUUUACUGGCACCGUACGCUUGCCAAUUUUGCGAGUUCAAAACAAUUAACCGAGGUAUACUUAUAACACACAUCCGAGACGUGCAUGGAAUCGAUCGACCGUACAUUUGCAUCCAGUGCAACAAGGGAUUCCAUCGAAGAUCUGAUCUGAAAAAGCACACAUUCGUGCACAGUGGCGUUCGUCCGUUUGCCUGUCACGAAUGUGGGAAAAGCUUCUCGAGAAACACUAAUCUGACGAAACACUUGAGAAUUCAUUCGGGGUUUAGGCCGCAUAUAUGCAAUACUUGUCCAAGGUCGUUUGCCAACAAGGCAGAUCUGGUGCGGCAUCAGAAUAUCCACAUGUCCCUGGGGAAACAAUUCUCGUGCAGCAAGUGCAAUAACACGUACGCUCGUAAGGACAAGCUUCUCAGUCACGAGCGCAUUUGCUAUGCCAAGCAGCUGCAGCAACAGCAACAGCAACAAAUCGCCCAGAUCAUGGCGACGGCUAUUCCGAUUGGAACCACCUCGAUGACACAGGCCGAGUUCGACGCGGAAAACAUGGUGAUCGCUUUGGAUCCUUACCAAGAAAUCGACCACACCCAAACCGAAGACGAUCCGGGCAUUCCGAAUGCCGCUCCGAUUUCGGCAAUCUCCACUUUCUCCAACAUCACUCUCCCACUGAACCAGCCAAACACUUCGCCGUUGCAGGCGAAAUUUUUCUCCUGUCAGAAGUGUCCGAAGAAGUUUCUUUCGAAAAAUACCCUCCACACGCAUCAGCUCAUCCACUCGGAUGUGCGGAAUUAUCGAUGUCAGACGUGCGAUAAAAAGUUCAUUCGAAAACGGGAACUCGACCGCCAUCUGACUGCCGUCCACAGCAAUCACAAACCGUUCGAGUGCAAACAGUGCGCUAAGCGAUUCUCACGUAAGGAUAAAUUGCUGCGCCACGAACGGGUCCACCGGGACGAUAAGUUCUUCUCCUGCAACGCUUGUGAUGCCAAGUUUCUGCGGAAAGAAGCUCUGACCAUCCAUUCGAAAAUUCAUUGCACCGCAGCGGCCGCCAUCCGCACGGACAAUCCCUCGUCGGAGGUGAUUAUCAUGAUCGAUCAGGACCAGCAGGAUCAACUGCUGAUGGAUCAUAUGUUGUCCUAUUCAGCCGAGGAUGUGGCGUUUAGUUCAGUGGAACCGUCCGCUCUGAUGUAAGCGAGAGAAGUGCUGAUUUAUUUUUCCUACCCCAAGGAAUUCCGUACUGUGUUUUUGUGUGAUGAUAAGAGUAUCGCUGGUCCGGUUACCGGUUUAGGUUCGGUUGAGUGACUGAGUUAUGAGCACCGGGACGAAUUGAUGCAGAUUAGUCAGUUGUUUGGCUGUGACUGACUGUGGGUUGCGGAUAUUUUGUCACGGAAACUUUACUAUCUAUUUUAGCUGUAAGUUUUCAAUAUAAGGAUGUAUUUAUUAAACCUAAGUAAAUUUGGUCUCAAAUAUCUCUCGUUUGGAUGUCGUCUCUAAUAAAUGGAGAUAUUCUAAA